AUGCCCCGCACCAUUCGCGUAGCUGCCGCCCAAGUUGGUGCAGUGCAUCGCGAUGCUAAUCGCGAAACCACAUUGAAUCGACUGCUUAGUCUGCUAUCUCAAGCUGCAACCCAAGGCGCACAGGUUGUGCUCUUUCCAGAAUGCACGUUCACAACCUUCUUCCCUCGCCACUUCUUCGCCGAUGAGGCGGAACUUGAGUCGUUCUUCGAGCAUGGCGACGUCACCACAGCGAAGGAAACACGAGCGAUAUUCGAUAAAGCUAGGGAUUUGGAGGUAGAUAUCUGCAUCGGAUUCGCAGAAGCCACAGAUGAAGGCGAUCACUACAACGCGUGCAUCUACUACCACGCCAGAUCUGGAUCCAUCCUGUCGAAGUAUCGGAAGAUUCAUCUACCCGGAGAUGUCGAGCCUUUUCCAGAACCUGAUGCAGUCAAUCAGCUUGAGAAGCGAUACUUUAAGCCUGGUGACCUGGGCUUCAAGGCCUUUCGAGUACCGGGCUUGACGGAUACCACACCUGAGGAUGGCGAACCCAUCUUCGGAAUGAUGAUCUGCAACGACCGGCGUUGGGCUGAAGCAUGGAGAUGCCUAGGUCUUCAAGGCGUCGAAGUCGUCCUCGUUGGGUUCAAUACACCAGGCUUCGCGCCACAGAUGUGGGGUGCUUCACCCGAUGUGAGUCCACAAGACGCGCGGGCUGAGGCUAUCUUUCAUCAUAAACUUGUCAUGCAGACACAUUCAUACACAAAUGCGUGUUUCUCUAUCAGCGCAGCGAGAUGCGGGCAGGAUGAUGGGAAGUUCGACUUGGUAGGCGGUUCGACCAUCAUUGGUCCUGACGGAAAGAUCAUGGCCGAAAGCAAAACAGAGGACGACGAGGUUAUCGUGGCCGAUUGCGAUCUCGGUCGAUGUACACCGGGCAAAUCACGGACGUUUGAUUUUGCGAGACACCGACGAACGGAACAUUACGGUAUAUUGACUUCGCAAACAGGAGUCAUCGAACCUCCAAGGCUGUCAGCGCAAGUGUCUGCUCCUGACAGCGAUGGGAUUGUCCUGAACGAUUCUCCAAAUCGAUGCCUGCAAUCAGUGACUGGCACCACUGGUACCAGGCAAAUUCGCAUCCUCCUUUGCAACCCUAACGCCACACCCUCAAUGACGCAUGCAUGUCUCGAGAUGGUCAAAUCGACACUCACACCCGAUGUCACAGUCACUGGUUUCACGGCGCCCAAACCCGCGCCCUCAGCCAUCGAAGGGGGCUUUGAUGACGUCAUGUCUGCGGCAGCAGCCGCCCGAGCCAUCAUCCCGAUCGCACAUCAACACGACGCUUUUCUCGUUGCCUGCUACAGCAACCAUGCCCUUAUAAAGGUGCUUAGAGAAGAGUUGUCGCAACCGGUUGUCGGUAUUAUGGAGGCCUCGCUGUUUGCUGCGCGAACGCUUGGUGGACGGUUUGGCGUUAUUGCUACGUCACGGCGAUCCAGGUAUACCCUAGAAGAAUCCGUGAAGCAUUACGGGUUAGAUUCAUUUUGUAUUGGUGUACGAAGCUGCGACUUGGGCGUUUUGGAGUUAGAUUCUAAGCCCGAGAAAGAGGUGCUGGGUGUCAUGUGCGAGGUGGGUAAGAAGCUCGUCGACGAAGGUGCGGAUGUCCUGACACUUGGAUGUGCUGGCAUGACGAAUAUGAAAGCUACUGUUGAGGAAGCGGUUGGUAGAGAUGUGCAGGUGGUCGAUGGUGUUCUGGUCGGCGUGCAGCAUCUGGCUGGGCUCAGUAGACUUGGUAUGCGAACAGCUAAGAGGGGGAUGUACGCUAGUUCUGCAAGUGACAGGGAAAGGAGAGGUCAAAAUUGGUACUAA